GGUGGAUGACGAUCUCGAACUAUUAACACUGUUGUCUAAGAAGCUUCAACUUUGGAUAGAGCUGAUAUUGUGUAAUUUUCUGGUUCCUAAACAACUCCUUUUCGCGUCAUUUCCGGUUUGUGGAUUUGCCCCGCAUUUUCACCACAACAGGCUAAUAAUGUCAGACAGUGAAGGAAGUGCUUUUUCUGAUGCCGAAUCUGAGCAUAGUCUACCUCAAGACAGUGAGGGGGAGGAUGGAGAUGCCGCAGAUAAGAGUAGUGACACAGGAGAGCCCUCUAGUGGUGGAAAGAGGAAGCAUAUUUUAGAUGAUGAUGAUGACGACGACGAUGAAGAUGAUGACGACUAUGACGAAGAAGAGGAUGAAGAUGAGUUGGAAGGCAAGCACAGAAAGAAAAAGAAACCUCGUCAUGGAGGAUUUAUUCUGGAUGAAGCUGAUGUGGAUGAUGAAGCUGAGGAUGAAGAUGAGGAAGCAUGGGAGGAGGGAGCAGAAGAUAUAAUAGAUAACAAGGCUUCCUUCCGGGGACCAGAUGCUAAAGAUAUUGAGGGCAAAAGGCGUUUGGAACAAAUCUGGAACAGUGAGAGAGAAGAAGAGAUAGAAGAUUACUACAGGAGGAAGUAUGCCGACGUAUCUGCUGCUGAGAGAUAUGGGGAAGGCAUUGGCAUGUCUGAGGAGAUCACACAACAGGGCCUGCUUCCAGGAGUCAAGGACCCUAAUCUGUGGGUUGUUAAGUGUAGGAUGGGAGAGGAACGAGCCACUGCUAUUGCACUCAUGAGGAAGUUUAUAGCAUAUCAGUUUACAGAUGAGCCGUUGCAAAUAAAGUCAGUGAUAGCCAAAGAGAGCCUGAAGGGCUAUAUCUAUGUGGAGUCCUACAAACAGACUCACAUCAAGCAGGCUAUAGAGGGUGUGGGCAAUCUGCGAAUGGGCAUGUGGCAACAACAGAUGGUUCCAAUCAAAGAGAUGACAGAUGUGUUGAGAAUUGUGAAGGAGACAUCUGACCUUAAACCUAAGGCCUGGGUUCGUUUAAAAAGAGGCCUGUAUAAGGAUGACUUGGCUCAGGUGUAUUAUGUUGAGCCGUCACAGAACAUCGUUAACCUCAAACUCAUUCCCAGAAUUGAUUACUCUCGCCCCAGAGGACUGCUGAGGAAUUCUAAUGUUGCGGAUGCAGAGAAGCGAAAACGCCGUGGCAAACCACCACCCAAACUGUUUGAUGUUGAUGCCAUCAGGAAUAUUGGAGGUGAAGUUACCAUGGAUGGAGACUACCUUAUUUUUGAAUCUAACCGAUACAGCAGGAAGGGUUUUCUCUUCAAAAACUUUGUGACCAAUGCCAUUGUGGCUGAAGGUAUUAAGCCAACACUGGCUGAAUUGGAGCGCUUUGAGGAGCAGCCAGAGGCAAUGGAUAUGGAAUUAAUCCCAGGUAAAAGCACAACAGAAAUCAAUCAUAAUUUUGCUCCUGGGGAUUUUGUGGAAGUGUGUGAGGGAGAGUUGAUUCAUCUCCAGGGAAAGAUUGUGAAGGUGGAUGGCAAUAAAGUCAUCAUGAUGCCCAAACACGAGGAUCUGAAGGACUUACUGGAGUUUCCUGCCCAUGAGCUGAAGAAGCACUUUAAGAUGGGUGACCACGUGAAGGUGAUAGGUGGGCGUUACGAGGGUGACACAGGGCUAAUCGUCCGUGUGGAGGAGAAUAUGGUCGUCCUCUUCUCUGACCUUACCAUGCAUGAGUUAAAAGUGCUACCCAAAGACGUUCAGCUAUGUACUGAUGUGGCUACUGGUGUAGAUUCACUGGGACAGUUUCAGUUUGGAGAUCUUGUACAGCUAGACCCACAGACUGUAGGGGUCAUUGUGCGCCUAGAGAAAGAAAAUUUUCAAGUGUUAAACAUGUUUAAUAAGGUUUUGAGUGUAAAACCACAAGCAGUCAGCAGAAAGAAAGAUACAAGAAAUGCUGUGGCAUUGGAUUCAGAGAACAACAAUAUACAAGUCAAAGACAUAGUGAAAGUGAUAGAUGGUCCGCAUUCGGGAAGACAGGGAGAGAUCAAACACUUGUUCAGGAGUUUUGCUUUCCUUCUUUCUCGUAUGAUGACGGAGAAUGGAGGAUACUUUGUCUGUCGUGCCCGGCACCUGGCUCUUGCAGGUGGCUCUAAGCAGACAUCUAGUUUGAGCAUUGGAGGAUUUGCUCCCAUGUCCCCAAGGUUAUCGAGCCCGUCCCACCCCAGCAGUGGAGUAGGAGGAGGUGGUGCUGGAGGCGGGACUCCAGGAAGGGGACGUGGAGCAUUAAGCAGGAGGGAUAAGGAGCUGAUUGGUCAGACUGUACGAAUCGUACAAGGACCAUUUAAAGGUUAUAUUGGUAUUGUGAAAGAUGCUACAGAAUCCACUGCUAGAGUUGAACUCCAUUCCAGCUGUAAAACAAUAUCUGUGGAUAGAUCUCGUCUUAGCUCUCUCACAGGCCAGAGGCCUGGUGGUGCGACAUCUGUUCGCAACAGGACCCCAAUGUAUGGAAAUCAGACCCCAAUGCACUCUGGAUCAAGGACCCCCAUGUAUGGCUCACAGACACCAUUGUAUGACGGCAGUCGCACACCUCAUUAUGGCAGCCAGACACCGCUGCAUGAGGGCAGUAGGACACCCAGCAGCAGUGGGGCCUGGGACCCAGCAAAUGCCAACACACCCUCAAGAACAAAUGAGUUUGACUACCAGUAUCAGGAUUCACCUAGCCCGUCUCCUGCUGACUAUGGAGCUAUGACACCUAACCCGGCCACCCCGGGAUACCAGGCAGACACCCCCAGCCCCAUGGGGCCUUACACCCCUCAGACCCCGGGCAGUGCCUACUCCCCCUAUCAGGCCUCACCCUCACCUGCUGGCUAUCAAGCCUCCCCAAGUCCGUCUGGAUUUGCUGGCACCCCUAGUCCAGCAGGAUACCAGCCAACCCCAUCCCCUGGUGGGUAUGCAGGUACCCCCUCCCCAUCAGGGUACAGCCCCCAGACCCCUGGUAACCCCUUCACUCCACAGACACCUGGUUCAGCCAUGGAAUCCAACACAACAGACUGGCACACAACCGAGAUUGAGGUGAAAAUCAAAGAGACUCACGAAGAUGCUAACCUCAUCCUACAGACUGGGGUUAUACGCAGUGUAUCAGGAGGUAUGUGUUCUGUAUUCAUCCCGGAUCUGGCAAAGGUUGUCAAUGUGGCCUCCGUACAUCUACAGCCAGUCCCUCCAGAGAAGGGCGAUAGAGCUAAGGUUAUACUGGGUCAAGAAGAGCGUGAAUCAACAGGCACCUUGUUAAGUAUUGACGGUGCAGAGGGUGUGGUGAAGCUUGACAGUGUCACAGGUCUCAACGACGACAUCAAGAUGUUACCCAUACAUUUCCUCUGUAAGAUGCCCAACAAUUAGCACAGCCCUGUCCAGUGGCUCAUCUUUAUAUAUUUGCAUCGAAAAGAACCGCUGAGCAUUUCCUUACUGCACAAGAACAGACAAUUUGGGGCUACACAGACCUGAUCAUGUGUAAAUUAUAACGUUUGUAUUUUUGUUUAUAUCCUUUUUUUCCCCCCUUCAAAUUGAGGCAAACAUUUGGUGUUUAAGUACAGUUGUUGUUGUUCAGGACAAGUAUUCGUACAACUACAAAAAACUUCCCACCCUGUGCAAAGCUGUAUUAAAGCUACUUUUGUGAAAAGUAAAUAGAUAAUAGCAUGGCAGUUGACCAUGUUGUUACUUCGGAUGCCUAAGAUAUGAAGUACUAGUCAUUUGCCUUAGACCGUCUUCAUUUUAUCAAGAUAGACUUUGCAUAUAGCUACUCAUUACUGAUGACUGGUAAAAUCUGAUCACAAGCAUUUUGCACUACGUUUAGCUAGCUCCCGGUUUGCUGUCCUGAACAUAAUGCCAGUGUACUUUUUGGAGCAUACAUUUCCAUCGGCUCCUGAAGUUUGUCUGUCACAUAUGUUUAAGUGCUUUAAAUAUGGUACAUUUGAUUGGCUUGUAAAAAACGGUAUGAAAUUUUCUAUUUGCAUUUGUCUUUUCUCAACUUUAGAAGAUAAGUUUGGGAUAGAGUUAACGGAGAUGCCAUAGAGCAGGCACAUCAUAACAGGAAUCAUGUGUAAGGGAGACCAUCACUGCUGGGCUUCAUCACUUUAUGUCAAUAUUGUGCUUUGUUUCUCUUGAGAGAUGACUAGUGUGAUUUGUACAUUGCUUCAAUGGUAAUUAAAGGUGACCUUUACAAUCAUUAAAAACUGUUUCCAUUCUUUGGUCUGUUGAAGUUACUGACCUGGGUAUGGUUGCACGAAGCCCUCAGAGCAUGAUGUGCACAUAAAGACCUGGGCAAUCGGCACUGAAGGCUUGUUAGCAUGAAAGUUGCGUGCUCGUAACGUUAAGUGGACACCAUGUAAGAAGGCCUUGUUGUUUGAUGACUCAUUAAAUUUGUCAGAGAUAGCGCAUUAACAUACAUUUAGUUCCUGAUUUUAUAGUGAUAAUAUGCCUAAUGACCAUUUAAACUAUCGACCAGUUGGAAGACCAAAACUGGUUUUGUUGAAGAUUAUAUGUAUUUGCCACAA